GUCAGGGUCACAGGAUCAACCGUUUUUCCAGUUCUUCGAUUGGCUGUUCUGUGAGGCAGAGUUGAUGUCUGCUUGGGCAGGAAGGAAUACAACUCCCAGAGUGCCCCUGUGCGGUUGUCAGGAGCAACCAAAGAAUGCAGACUAACAGCCCUGCUGGAGUCAGGAUUAAACAAGGACUGACUGCCUUGCAAGCCAGCCAUGGGUCAGGAUUAUUACUCUGUGCUUCAGAUCACUCGCAAUUCAGAGGAUGCGCAGAUCAAGAAGGCGUACCGGAAACUGGCCCUUAGGAACCACCCGCUGAAGUCCAGUGAGCCAUCCUCAGCGGAGACAUUCAGGCAAAUAGCAGAGGCCUAUGAUGUGCUGAGCGACCCUGUGAAGAGAGGCAUCUAUGACAAGUUUGGAGAAGAGGGCCUAAAGGGCGGGAUUCCUCUGGAGUUUGGAUCCCAGACCCCAUGGACCACUGGUUACAUCUUCCACGGCAACCCUGAUAAGGUUUUCCAUGAGUUCUUCGGAGGAGACAACCCCUUUGGUGAGUUUUUUGAUGUAGAAGGAAGUGAGGUAGAUUUGAACUUUGGGGGUCUCCGAGGCCGAGGGGUCAAGAAACAGGACCCCCCAAUCGAACGAGACCUCUACCUAUCUCUGGAGGACUUAUUCUUUGGCUGCACCAAGAAAAUUAAGAUCUCCCGAAGGGUGCUGAACGAGGAUGGGUACUCCUCUACCAUCAAGGACAAGAUUCUCACAAUUGAUGUGAAACCUGGUUGGAGGCAGGGCACACGGAUCACCUUUGAGAAGGAAGGGGACCAGGGCCCCAACAUUAUCCCAGCCGACAUCAUCUUCAUUGUAAAGGAGAAGCUACACCCUCGCUUCCGCAGGGAGAACGACAACCUCCUUUUUGUGAAUCCCAUUCCCUUGGGCAAGGCUCUGACCUGCUGCACCGUGGAGGUGAAGACCUUGGAUGAUCGUCUGCUCAACAUCCCCAUCAACGACAUUAUCCAUCCCAAGUACUUCAAGAAGGUGCCAGGUGAGGGGAUGCCACUGCCUGAGGACCCCACUAAGAAAGGGGAUCUCUUCAUCUUCUUCGACAUCCAGUUCCCCACCCGCCUCACACCCCAAAAGAAGCAGAUGCUGCGCCAGGCAUUGCUGACAUAACUGGUGAGCUGAGGGCUGGAGCAGAGGAGGGGAGCAGAAGGCCAGCUGGGCCUUAUCCCAUUCCUGUCCCAGGAUGUGCAAGUGAGCCAGCCCACUGCACAGAUGUGACAUGAGGAUGGGACAGCCUGGGGUUUUUAAACUGACACAAUAAAGAUUUCCUAUCUUCCAACUG